AUGUGCACUCACGGGACUGCUAGUAGAACUGCCGGGGUGCAGAGUAGCUAUUCACAUCCACCAAGUCAUAUUGUCAAUACUGAUUCCUUCCACGUUCCAUUAAUUAACCCAACUUCUCCGUUGACGCCUUCACCAGUGAACAGUGGCUUUCUUUGGCUGCCAGGAGCAAUUCAGACCAAUCUUCCUCCUCAUUUUCACAAACUCACAGAGCGAAAUAUGAUGUUUUCUCGAGCUUUUAGAGGCGAAGACACCAGAAAGAAUUUCACAGAUCAUCUUUAUACUGUUUUAGUUCAAAAGGCUAUGCUUCCUCCACGGUGUCUUGAUGAACUUUCUGAGAUUCUGGAAUGCAAAAGUGGCAUUGGUCAAAUGGCUGUUCCCAUCUUCUAUGACAUUGAUCCCUCUGAUGUUAGAAAACAGACAGCUAAAGAAGCUUUUAAGAGACACAGGAUAGUUCAAGGAAAUGAGCUAAGCUUGAUAUAG